UACCAACCUACAUUCGUUAUUUUGUUAUCAGCCGAUAAAGUCCAAUCGUUCUUCUGGCAGUCUCCCCUCCUUCAGUGGAUUGCCACUUGUAAAACAGAAGCUAGCAGAGGUUGCGGGGCCAUUUCUGGAUCUUUCUGAGCUCCAAGUUCGGGUUGAGUUGGGAUCAGUAUUACAUAUCCUUUUCUCAAGAUCAUAAUCCUCAUUCAUCAUGGCCUCAGCGUCUAAACAACCCCCAAAGGGUAUCCUCAAGAAGCCCAAGUCCAUCAAAGAACGAAAUGCCGACCCUAGAGAAAUCGCCAUAGAGCAUGCCAAGAUCAUCCAGCAUCGUAAAGACCUUGAAGCAGAAAUCCUCGACAGCUUGGUCAUCCUCUCCGAAUACCCUCUCGUUCGCGAACCACCUCACAAUGCCUCCAACCCUUCUCCAUCCGAUGUCGCCGACUUCAAGGCUCAUGUGCGACUCUUUCAACCUUCAGACUACGACGACCUCGUUAUCGAGCGCAAUGUGAACGAGCUUUGCGGUUACACCCUCUGCUCGCGACCACGACGGAAUACGGGUCCUGGCGGUCAAUGGAAGAUUUCCAACGGGAAUAUUAUGAAGCGGGAGGACCUAGAAAAGUGGUGCUCCAACCAAUGCGCCCGUCGCGCUCUUUACGUCAAGGUGCAGCUCAACGAGACAGCUGCCUGGGAACGGGCAGGUAUCCCAGAUAUUGAGAUCGAUUUACUCGACGAGGACAAAUCGAAGGAAACAGAGGUCGACCGAGCUGCCCGAGAGCUUGGUCAGCUCAAGCUCGAAGAGCAAAGACAAGCAGCUCGAGAUGAGGCCGCCCUUGCUCUUGAGCGAGGUGAACCAGAUGCAUCGCAAAGCAAGAGCAAGAAGAUGAAUAUCACACUGAAGGAGAAUGAUCCUAAAGCACCAUCCACUGCGUCUGACAAACCAGAAGUCUACGAUGACGAACAUUUACUUGUCGAGGGCUAUAGAACAAAACUCAACCUGGAGGAUAAGAAAAAGGACUGAUAAAAUCAUGUUUUGGGUGUUUGUAGCAUUUAUUCGAAGAUAGGCGUUGGGCGACUCGUGUAUCACAAGCAGGGCCAUAAUAAGGAUAGGAAGAUACCCCAUCAUGACACCCGCAAAUACUGGUCGCAUCGAUGUAGACAACAGUAUCACAGUCCCUCGGCUCAGUUCCUGAAACGUGCGAACUGGCCUUGGACAAGGUCAUAUUCACAGAAGCGAAGAGAGUAAUUGGCGAUCAAGCGUCAUCUCUGGAGACAUCCAGAGAAUCGGCGACACCUUGGGGGGUCGAAAGAUCUUUCUUUGAGACCUAUGCACUCACUGUCCUAAGACGCCAAGUAGUGAAACCCUGUAAAUGCCAGACACCCAUCAUAAUAAUCCCAUAUACCAAUUUUUUAGUCACGGCGAGGGCGGUCGCCGUAUCGUCGUCCACCACGCUCGGGAACCUGCUGCUGAGUGACGGGGAUGACGUUGACGGGG